CCGCGGCCCGGCGGAAGGACACGCGCUCGGGUCGGGGAGGGGGACUCGGCCCCUCGGCGUGCGCCCCGCGGUCCCCGCACACCCGGGCGCCCCCUCCCCGCCCUCCCGGCAUGGAGCCCGCGGGGCGCGCCCGGGACCGGGUCCCCAGGGUUGAUCCCUACGGGUUUGAAAGGCCUGAGGACUUUGACUAUGCAGCUUAUGAAGAGUUUUUCUCCGCCUAUCUGGUGACACUCACUAGAAGAGCAAUAAAAUGGUCCAAACUUCUGAAGGGGGGCGGUGGUGUGCAGAAGAGCCGCACAGUGAAGCGCUAUAUCCGGAAAGGGGUCCCCCUGGAGCACCGGGCCCGCGUCUGGAUGGGGGUGAGCGGAGCCCAGGCCCAGAUGGACCAGAACCCCGGCUACUACCAGCGGCUGCUGCGGGGAGAGGACAACGGCAGGCUGGAGGAGGCCGUGGGGACAGAUAUGAACAGGACCUUCCCGGACAAUGUGAGAUUCCGGAAGAGCGCAGAUCCCUGUUUACAAAAGACUCUGUACAACGUGCUGGUGGCCUAUGGGCGCCACAACCCGGCUGUGGGGUACUGCCAGGGGAUGAACUUCAUAGCGGGCUACCUGGUCCUCAUAACCAAGAGCGAAGAGGAAUCCUUCUGGCUGUUGGACGCGCUCGUGGGAAGAAUCCUGCCUGAUUACUACAGCCCCGCCAUGCUGGGCCUGAAGACAGACCAGGAGGUCCUGGGGGAGCUGGUGAGGACCAAGCUGCCGGCGGUGGCGGCCCUGAUGGACGGGCACGGCGCCCUGUGGACCCUGCUGGUGUCGCGCUGGUUCAUCUGCCUGUUUGUGGAUGUCCUGCCCGUGGAGACGGUGCUUCGGAUCUGGGACUGUUUGUUCAACGAGGGAUCAAAGAUUCUCUUCCGGGUGGCCCUGACCCUGAUUAAGCAGCACCAGGCCUUCAUUUUGGAAGCCGGCAGUGUGGCGGACAUCUGCGAGAGGUUCAAGGAGAUCACCAGAGGCGGCUUUGUGACCGAGUGCCACACCUUCAUGCAGAAAAUAUUCUCAGAGCCCGGGAGCUUGUCCAUGGCCACCAUCACCAGGCUUCGCGACAGCUGCAGGGCCAGGCUGCUGGCGCAGGGCUGACCCAGACCCUGGCCGCUGCCGCGUUUCCAGACCUGACCGGGGUUUUCUGCUGCCUGGUGCUGGGAGUACUUGACGUCUCUACACUCGUGAUUUUCUUUUAAGAGGGAUUUAAAAUAAUGUUCUCUAACUCAAUUAUGGGCUCUGAAGCUAUAAAUUUCUAAAAGUGUAUUUUUACUUGAGAUACUGACCUAUAAAAUGCGAGAUGUGCAUAUUUAAUAAAGCAGGUGAACACCUCCGA